UGGGGAGGGGUAGCUAGCUGUAUAUGGAGAUGGAGGUCCAGGUGGAGCUCAGGCCUUGGGGUUAAUGUGACGUAGCUUAGCUAGGAAGUUCUCUUCCUCAGUCUUGUAAGUGGACAGUGCUCUGACAGACAGACAGAGGACACAAGGAUAGAGUAUCACAGAAGAAGAAGAAAACAGAAAAGGAUUUUGUUAAGAAUGGUAAAAAGAGAGAGCAAAGAAAGAGAACAGAGUGAUAAAGAGAGCUGGAAAAGUAAGGUUUUGUGUGCUGUGUGAAAACCCUCCACCCACCUCACCAAUAUUCAGUCAGUUGUUAAUCAGUCAAAAAUCAUUAAAACCUUAACAAAACACCUAAAAAUACUCUAAAAUUAUUACCAUAUUUUUGACAGAAUAUCACUACUGUGAAUUCAAAAUCACUGCCAUCAGUAACUAACAUAGAUAACCAAAAAAACUAGCCCAUCUGUCAUCAUGGCCCCCAAGAAGAAGGCGCCCCAUCCCAAAAAGACAACUACAGAGCCAGCACAGUUGGAGACUGAGGUAGUGGUCCCUGAGACAGGGGUAAAAAAACUAGAAAUGCCCCUCAGCAUUGAGCAGUUGAAUCGUCUCAAUGAAAUGACCCUGCCACCAGUGAUUCGGCCUGGAGAGAGGGGUUUUGGCCUGGGUGGGGAAAUGACUCGUCCCCUACAUGGAUCUGCUCUUCUGGAGGAGCUGAGCCGUAUGAGACAGGAACGCUUCCUCACUGACCUGGAGCUGGCUUGCAAGACUAAGGCCUUCGAUGUCCACAAGCUGGUCAUGUCCUCUGUCAGCCAGUACUUGCGGGAAGUUCUAGCCAAGGACCCCAGCCUCAAGCGCUUGGAGUUGCCUACCCUAUCACCUUUAGGUCUAGCCAAUGUGAUCACCUUUGCUUAUCUUGGCCGUGUGCACAUGUCUCUCUACACUAUUGGCUGUACUGUAUCUGCGGCCUGCACCCUGCAAAUCCCCCACCUCCUCCAGAUGUGCAUGGACUUCCUGAUGUCAGAGUUAAAUGUGCACACCUGUGUGUACGUGUGGAACAUUGGAGCCGCUUACAGCCUGGGCCCUGUGCGGGACUCUGCACGUCGCUUUGUGAUGGAAAACUUUGCCCAGUUUGCAGAGACACCCCAGUUUACUCAGCUCACCCUAGAACAGAUCACAGCUUUUCUGCAGGAUGACAAUCUUAUCUUGCCUUCAGAGGUCACCACCUUCCAGGUGGCCAUGAAGUGGCUGGACUUUGAUCCAAAGAGGCAGGCUCACGCUUAUGACGUACUGUCUCAUGUACGGUUCGAGACUAUCCCUGCCAGUGAGCUGGUCAGGGAGAUUCAGCCUGUUGCUCGCAUGAUGCAGGAUCCUCAGUGCCACCGUCUACUGGUGGAUGCCAUGAACUACCAUUUGCUACCAUACCAGCAGAACACACUACAAUCCCGCCGCACGAAGGUCCGAGGUAGCCAGACUGUUCUGCUAACCAUUGGCGGACGCCCCUCCCUUACUGAGCGUGCCCUGAGUCGAGAAGUACUAUGGAGAGACUCUCGUGAUAGAGUUGCCACAUGGCGCCAUCUUUCCCAGCUUCCUGCUAAAAGUUUUAACCAGUGUGUAGCUGUGAUUGAUGGUUUCCUGUAUGUGGCAGGAGGAGAGGACCAGAACGAUGCUCGAAACCAGGCCAAACACGCUGUCAGCACUCUGUGCAGAUAUGACCCUCGCUUUAACACGUGGCUGCACCUGAGUAGCAUGCGUCAGCGUCGCACUCACUUUAGCCUUGUGGCCACAAAUGGGCGCCUUUAUGCAAUCGGUGGCCGUAAUACUGAUGGCUUGCUGGCCACCACAGAGAGCUACUUGCCCUCCACCAACAGCUGGCAGCUCCGCGCUCCCAUGGACUUGCCACGCUGCUGCCAUGCCAGUGCUGUCCUACCCUCUGGAGACAUCCUAGUGACCGGUGGCUAUGUCAACUGUGCCUACUCUCGCUCUGUGGCCAGCUACAAUGUGCAGACCGACACCUGGAGUGAGCAGGCACAACUGGAGAUGCCUCGUGGCUGGCACUGCUCCACCACAUUGGGUGAUAAAGUUUAUGUGGUGGGUGGCAGCCGGCUGGGCCCAAGUGGAGAGCGUGUGGAUGUGCUGAUCACCGAGGUAUUCUCGUCUGAGAAUGGCCAGUGGAGCAGGGUCGCCUCCUUGCCCUUAGGAGUAAGCACGGCUGGUCUGGCAUCACUUGGUGACCAGCUAUAUCUUGUGGGUGGAUGGAAUGAAGCUGAGAAGCGCUAUAAGUCAGCAGUGCAGCGCUAUGACCCAGGUACCGACAGCUGGUCAGCUGGGGAAGAGCUGCCCGAGCCCACAGUGGGAGUAUCCUGUUGCGCUCUGGCACUCCCCCCACGUCACACUUCACGCAAACAUCGUAACACUCCCAACCAUGAAGAACAGAGUUCAUGCAUGACUGCAUGAGAGAUGGAGGGAGGGAGGAAAGAAUAAGGCCAAGAUUAGUAGUGAGGGGGAGAGAGAAAGAGAACAACAGAGAAGGGGUGGACAGUUACGAGCCAGGGAGGAUUUAACAUUUAAAGGAAGGAGAUGGAAUGGUAGAACUCCAUAGGGAUGUUAGGGAGUUUAGUGUAGAAUAGGGCCCAAUUAUUAACAGUGUGACAAUGUCUAGGCAAUCAUAACUACUGAGUGCAUGGGACAAACAUUUGAGUAAGUGAAUGGGUAAGGCCGUGUGGGUAUACACACAAGUGUUAGAAUGAGUUUUAGAAAUUCAUUGCAAAUUAUCACCUUGCAAUCACAAAUGCAGAUUGUUUUACUAAAAUAAUAUAUAUCCAUCUCAGUAUAUCUAUUACUCUAUUAUAUAUUUAUUGUAGUCUAAUUAUUUAUCAAAAAUUUAUCAUACCAAGAUCACCUCAAGGACUAAAAAGAAGAAAAUAGUAAUAACUAAUUUUUCAUUAAUUCAUACUGAGUAACCACUUUAUCAGGGUCGUGGUGAAACCAGAGGCUAUCUUGGAAACACUGGGCACGAGGUGGGAAUACACCCUGGAUGGUACUGCAGUCCCUCACAGUGCCCCAUGCACACACAUACAUUUUUUUAAAUUAUAUAUAUAUACAUACAUACACACACAUAAUGUAUACAUACACACACAUAUAUAUAUAUAGAGAGAGAGAGUUGGUCAAUGGCUGGACACUGUUCCCUCAGACAUAUUAAUAGAAAAUAUGACCUUGAGCUUCUUGGAAAUCAAUUAUUCCCCAAACUUAAAAAAAAAACAAAAACAAAAAAAAACAACAAACAUAUAUAAUUGAGUGCAAAUGUUUGCGUCUCCUAUUUCUAUGUGGAAAAACAAAAACAUGUUACUGUGUAUCUACAAAGACAGAAUUCCAAGAUGGUAAAAAUGAAAUGCCAGUAUGUUCUACAAAAAGAUAGUCAACAACUCAAAACUGUAGCUAAUAAUUUGCAAUGAUGACCUAUGGAUUAAUAAUACCAUUUCCCCUUCUCUGGAUCUGCAUGCAUCUGCAUUUCUAGUGAUAUCACAGACUCCAUUCAACUGUAUACAGAACCCAGCUAUCUUCCUAAGAGAACCAGUGAACAUCCUAGAGAGAGAAUGCUGUUCCAGACAUAGAGAGAAUUUUGAAAAGUGAAAUUAAAGCAAGAAGAAGUGUCAUUGAUAAUGUGGAUAGUUUCAUUUAGGUACAAUGUUCCCUUUAUAAUGUGGUCACCAGCUGAUUAAGGCUUAUGCUUUGUGCUGAAUGGAGACAUAAUAGUGUAGGUGUUGCUAAUGGCAAAUGGUGCAGAGGGCACUAAUUCUCUAGUAUAGGAUUUCACUUGAAUAAAGCCAAACUGAUCAAAGCAUAACAUGUCUCGUGUUAUCUUUACAACCCAAAACUACUCUGAGAUUAUAAAUUAGUCACUUUAAAUCUGACUGAUCUAAUGGUGGAACAAGCACUGAAAGCCUUAAUAAUAAAUAACAAUAAAUAAUAAUAAAUCAAGAUUCAUUUUAGGGUU